AUGGCGGCCACCGCCCGCCACGCGCCGCGGCCGUGCAGCUCGGGUGACCCACCUCGCCGCCUCCCCCGCGGCGCCAGGUGCCUACCCCUGCGCCUCCGCCCCUUCCCCGCUGCUUCCGCGCGGCGCCGCGCCCGCCGCCCCCUCCUCUGCUGCCACCCCUCCUCUUCCGAGCCCGCCUCCUCCGAGCCGCGCCCGCGGCCCGCCUCCGACCCUCUCCUCCGCGUCGCGUUCGCGUGCGGCGGCGCGGGGGGCCACGUCUACGCGGCGAUCGCGCUCGCCGACGAGCUCCACGCCUCUCUCCCCGCCUCCAGCUCCCUCUUCCUCGGCGCCCCCGCCCCGUCCCUCGAGUCCGCGGCGGCCGCCUCCGCGCCCUACCCGUUCGCGCCCAUCCCGCGCUGCCUCCCCCACGCGGUCCUCGCCGCGGCGCUGCACCUCCGGCGCUUCCGUCCUCACGUGCUCGUCGCCACCGGCGGCGCCCCCUCGUUGCCGGCCUGCCUCGCCGCGGUCCUCCUCGGCCUCCCCUUCGUGAUCCAGGACCAGGACGCCGGUCCGGCCCCCGCCACCCGCCUCUUGGCCCCCCUCGCCCGCCGGAUCUUCCUAGGCUUCAACGCCCCCGUCCGCCUCCUCCCCAAGCGCAAAUGCGCCGUCUAUGGGAACCCCGUCCGCAUGUCCAUCCGCAAGUGCCGGAUCUCCAAGGCCGACGCUAUCACCAGCUUCUUCCCGAGGAUGGGAGCUGUGGGCGAGCAAGGGGUGGAGGUUCUGCUCGUGCUUGGUGGUACGGAGGGGUCGCCUGAGAUCAAUGUUUCGUUGCUGAAUAUGUACAAAGAGAUGCUGAGAGAGAGGAAGAAUAGGUACAUCAUAUGGCAGACCGGACCGGAUGGAUUCUGCGAGAUGGAGAGCCUCGUCAAGAGCCAUCGCCGGCUACUUCUUACCCCGUUCUUGCAUGAAUUGGACAAAGCAUAUGCUGCUGCUGAUGUUGUAGUCUCUCGAGCUGGUUCUAUGAGUUGCACUGAAGUACUGGUCACUGGGAAACCAUCAAUUUUGAUACCCUUACCAACAAUUGUGGACGACCAUCAAACAAAAAAUGCAUAUAUUAUGGCUGACGUCAUGGGAGCAAAGGUCAUAACAGAAGAUGAACUUGAUUCUACUAGUCUCAGAGCUGUAAUUGAUGAAGUUUUUGGUGAUGAGAAAUUGAUGUCAGACAUGUCUCAGAAGGCAUUAAGUGCAUCUCGUCCUAAUGCUUCGACUGACAUUAUUCGUCACAUCUGUUCACUGGUUGGUUUAUCCUGCACAACAUAAAUGUUGUUUACACGUUACAAAAGUAACAUGGCCCUUUGUUGCACUAGUCCAUGCGCCAGUUUCAUUUGCUGAGUUUCUGUGCAACAGAGUUAGAUCUCUUUUCUGAGGCGUAUACUGAAGAUCUUUAGUUCUCACUGUUCACACAAAUGACUACAAAGCAAUUUGGACAAAAUAAAAAAGAUGGGUCAAUGAUAUCUUCAGGUAGUGUUCACUCAUUGUCACCUUUAUUAUGAUGAUUUUCUUUUGAAUACAUAUUUUGGUAAUUAAGAGAUGCAAUGAAUUCACUGGAGACCUAUCGCCUCGGCCUAAAUUAUCCAUGCAGCUACCUGAGGGCUGCACAGCCUCUUGCAGUUUUGCUCCCUUGCAGCCCACUAAGAGAGGAGCUCUGAGCUCCUUACUCUCCUUCCCAAAAUCUCUUCAAAUCCAAUUGAUUUAGUCAUCAAUUGAUUUAGUCAGAUUUUGUUAGCAACUUGAUGGAGAAGGUAUCCUCCAUCCCCCCCCCCCCCCUUUUUUUUUCUUUUUUUGGUUUUACUUGAUGAUUUCGGAGACCAGGAUGGCACCCUAAAAUUUUUUGUCCCAAAUUAUGAUUGAGAUAAUUGCAUUAGGAAGUUAGGUGUUGCAAUUAUGUGUAUAUGAGGAUGGAAGGAUGGAAUGUAAAUAUGUGCAAAUUAUAUCAAAUUAUUUUUAGGAUGUACGCAUUGCAAGUUUAGGUGAAAAUUUGGUAAGUUGUAUGAUUUAGGGUCGUGUCUAAAUCAUAAUGAUAAUGUACUAUGUAGGUGGUUAGCUUUUGUAACAUUUUUUUUAUGUUCUAUGUCGGCGAUGUUUAAUUUUAUGUUGUUACAACGGAGAUGGAUAGAUUGGUUUAUGCUUAUUGUGGUGGUAGAAUCACAUGGUGGACAUGCUGAGUUUGAGGAUAUAAAUGUCAAAUUAAU